AAUUUAACUCUUUUUUUUCUUCAUUGUAACAGGAAUGCCAAAUUCUUCCCCUAAAUUAACUAUUUUUUGUUUCACAUAUCUUUGAUUUUAAGUUUAUCAUUUGGGUUAUUUUGUUCCUCUAUGUUAAUGCUUCCAUUGAAGACAACUAAUAGAAUAUUUGAAACUUCAGCAUAGAAGAAUCAAAAUGAAUUAUAAUCAAAGAAAUGUUGAACAAAAUAAAGAGAAGGAGAUACGAGUUGAGCCGACAAUGGCAAAAUGCAAUGCGAUCGAGCAGGACGGUGCCGUUUUGGUGGCCAUGUCGUCGUCGUUGUUCGGAGUAGCGGCGGAGGAUAGGGGGCAACAAUGCAUAGGUCGCCGGAGAAAGAAGUUACAGGGACACGUGUCAAUGUUUAUGAGAAAAAAAAAAUAUAGGUUCACAUACGCACGCGUUUACAACAACAUCAUCGAAAUUGCAAAAUUGACUUUAGCCUUACCUCAAUUUCUUACACUUACUUGUCUCUACAACAACUCAGUCUCAUUCAUAAGAGGUUCGGUUUUCUGUUCUGAUCCAAUUUGCAAAAAGACAAGAAAUGGCCUUAGCCAUGGUGGGAGAGGCACUUAUCUCUGCUUCUGUGGAGGUCGUAUUGAAAAGGAUAGCUUCUAGAGAGUUUCGAGAUUUCUUCUCUAGCAAAAAACUGAAUGUUGCUGUGUUGGAUGAGUUAAAGACAAAGCUGUUGGCACUUAACGCCGUGCUCAAUGAUGCCGAAGAGAAGCAGAUAAGUAAUCUUACAGUAAAGGAGUGGCUUGAUGAGUUAAAAGAUGUUGUCUUGGACGCAGAAGAUUUGUUGGAUGAAAUCAUCACAUAUGCUUUGAGGUGCAAGGUGGAGGGAGAAUCUAAAAGGUUUACUAACAGGGUGAGAUCAUUGCUUUCUUCUUGCUUUAAAAGAAUUUAUAGUAGCAUGAAUUUCAAGCUUGAAACAAUAUCUCAAAGGCUAGAACAUUUUGUGAGACAAAAAGAUAUUCUUGGCUUGCAAAGUGUUACUAGGAGAGUCACUUGUAAAACAGUAACAGAUUCGUUGGUUGAAUCUGUUGUGGUUGCUAGAGAGGAUGACAAGGAGACGCUGCUCAACAUGCUUUUAUGUGAUAACAAUGAUGGUGAUGCCAAGUCUAAUGUUACUAAAGUGAUCACAAUAUUGGGCAUGGGAGGUCUUGGAAAAACAACCCUUGCUCAAUCCAUUUAUAAUGAUAGUGAAGUGCAGAAGCAUUUUGAUUUAACAGCUUGGGUAUGGGUGUCAGAUGAUUUUGAUGUUCUCAAGAUAACGAAGAAAAUUGUUGAGUCUUUCUCAUUGAAAGAUUGUCAUAUUACUAACCUCGACGUUCUUCGUGUUGAGUUAAAAAAUUGCUUGAGAGACAAGAAAUUUUUGCUUGUGCUAGAUGACCUCUGGAAUGAAAAGUAUAAUGAUUGGCAUCACCUAAUAGCACCUUUUAGCAGUGGGAAAAGGGGAAGUAAGAUCAUCGUGACAACCCGACAACAAAAAGUUGCACAUGUCACACAUACGUUACCCAUUUAUGAGCUGAAACCUCUUACUGAUGAGAAUUGUUGGCGCAUAUUAGCCAGACAUGCAUUUGGGGAUGAAGGUUAUGACAAAUAUCCAAGCCUAGAAGAAAUUGGUAGGAAAAUUGCAAGAAAAUGCAAUGGCCUACCAUUAGCUGCUAAGACAUUGGGAGGUCUUCUACGAUCAAAUGAUGAUGCUGGGAAAUGGAAUAGAAUUUUGAACAGUAACUUAUGGGCUCAUGAUGAUGUUUUACCAGCUUUGCAGAUAAGUUAUUUUCAUCUUCCAGCACAUUUGAAAAGAUGUUUUGCUUAUUGCUCUAUUUUUCCAAAACAAUAUCUAUUGGAUAGGAAGGAAUUGAUUUUGUUAUGGAUGGCUGAAGGUUUUCUUCAACAAAUUGACGGAGAGCAAGCAAUGGAAUCAGCAGGUGAUGACUGUUUUAAUGAAUUAUUAUCUAGAUCCUUAAUUCAAAAGGAUCAAGAUAUUGCAGAGGGAAAAUUUCGUAUGCAUGACCUUAUCUAUGAUUUAGCUAGGCUUGUAUCUGGAAGAAUUUCUUGCUGCUUUGAAGGCAGGAAAAAGGGGCAAAUCCCAAAAACGGUUCGUCAUUUAUCAUUUCUUAGAGAGAGAUUUGAUGUUGUGAAAAAAUUUGAGGGCUUGUAUGAGCUAAGGUGUUUGCGAACCUUUCUGCCACAAUUGGGAUAUCCAUUUAAAGAAUGUUAUUUAACCAAAACAGUAUCACAUGAUUGGUUGCUAAAACAAAGAUACUUGCGAACACUGUCAUUGUCAAAGUACAAAAAUAUCACUAAGUUGCCUCAUUCAAUUGGCAAUUUAUUGCACUUGCGGUAUCUAGACCUUUCCUACACUUCCAUUGAAAACUUACCCGAAGCAACAUUUAUGCUUUACAAUUUGCAAACUUUGAUAUUAUCAAAUUGUGAAUUUCUUAUUGAGUUGCCACCACAUAUAGGAAAUCUGAUUAAUCUGCGCCACCUUGAUGCCAGUGACACUAAGUUGCCAGAGAUGCCAGCACAGGUAUGCAGACUACAAGAUCUUCGUACCUUGACGGUUUUUAUCGUUGGAAGACAACUAAGGGUCAGAGAUUUAAGAAAAUUUCCUUAUCUACAGGGUAAACUUUCCAUUUUGAACCUGCAAAAUGUUGUUAAUCCUGUAGAUGCAUUGCAGGCUGACUUAAAGAGCAAAUAUGAAAUUGAGGAGCUUAUGCUAGAAUGGGGCAGUGAUCCACAUGAUCCACAGAUUGGAAAAGAUGUACUUAACAACUUGCAACCAUCAACAAAUUUAAAGAAACUCAACAUAAAAUGUUAUGGAGGCACUAGCUUUCCAAAUUGGAUAGGAGAUUCUUCAUUUUCAAACAUCACGGUCAUUGGUAUCAGUGAUUGCAACCAUUGUUUGUCACUUCCUCCAUUUGGACAACUUCCUUCCCUCAAGGAGCUUGUCAUCAAAAGGAUGAAAAUGGUGAAGACAGUUGGCUAUGAGUUCUACUGCAGCGAUGCAGGCUCUCCAUCGUUUCAGCCAUUUCCAUCAUUGGAGAGUCUCAAGUUUGAAGAUAUGUUAGAGUGGCAAGAGUGGCUACCAUUCGAAGGUGAAGGCAACAACUUCCCUUUUCAUUUUCUUAAGUGUUUGUGUCUAUAUAAGUGCCCCAAGCUAAGAGGAAACCUUCCCAAUUGUCUACCUUCAUUGACAGAGGUUAGUCUAUCAGAGUGCAAUCUGUUAGUGACAAAAUCAUCUGAUAUGCAUUGGAACACAUCAAUUGAAAUAAUACAUAUUAGAGAGGGACAAGAAGGCUUGUUGUCUUCUCUUGAAAACUUCUCUUAUUGUAAAUUAUUCAUUGAAACGUGUGACAGCUUGCCAUCUUUGCCUAGAAUGAUACUCAGUGCAAAUUGUCUUCAAGAGUUGACUAUUACAAAUAUCCCAUCUUUGAUUUUCUUCCCAGCUGACGGUUUGCCCACGUCAUUGCGAUCACUUGACAUUUGGAAUUGUAGAAAAUUAGAAUUUUUGUCUCAUGAUACAUGGCAUAAAUUCACAUCACUUGAGCAACUGAGAAUCUGGAACAGCUGCUAUUCCCUCACAUCCUUUUCAUUAGGUUGUUUCCCUGCACUUCAAGAGCUUAAUAUCCGCUUUAUUCCUAAUUUAGAAGUAAUUACUACUCAAGCUGGAGGGGAAGCUCCCAUAUUAGUUGAUUUUAUAGUCACUGAUUGCAAGAAACUUAGAUCACUGCCAGAUGAGAUUGAUCUACCUGCCCUUGAACACUUGGACCUUUCUGGACUUCCAGAGCUAGCAUCAUUGUCCCCAGGGUGUUUUCCUUCCCAUUUGAGAUCACUUUUUGUUGAUGUUGGAAUAUUAUCAUCUAUAUCUGAAGAACAGUUAGGUUUACUAUUCCAACGCUUCACAUCUCUGUCACAUCUUUUAGUUAAGGGUCUUGGUGAUGAAGAUCUUAUUAACACUCUUCUGAAGGAGCAAUUACUGCCUACUACUCUUGAAAUUUUAUUCCUACACAAUGUUGAUGGUUUAAAGUUGUUGGAAGGAAAAGGAUUUCAAAAUCUCACUUCUCUUCAACAACUUCACAUGUACAAUUGUAGAAGCUUUGAGUGCUUACCUGAAGAUCAGUUGCCUUCCUCUCUUGCAAUACUGUGUAUACGAGAGUGUCCUUUGCUGGAAGCUAGAUAUCGAAGUCAGAAUGGGAGAUACUGGUCUAAGAUUGCCCAUAUUCCUGCUAUUCAAAUAAAUGAAAAGGUGAUCAUAUGAGAUGCUGCAUCAAAAACAAUCAUCUAAAGUUGGUAACUGACACAGAGGGCAGUGACUGGGCACAUAUUUCUUCAUAUUUGCUUGCUGUGAUGUUGCCAUUUCAAUCUUCUUGUCGCAUAGCUUUUGCCAUCACCAGAACACAAGACAGUUUCCCUUGAACAAACUAAUCCUGUGGUUUGUUGAGGUUGUCAUCUAGUUAGGUGGUUUAUUCUAGCGUGAACUAUUUGUAAAACAAUAAUGUUAUUAUAUUUAUGAUGUUUUGUGUGAUUAUUCAAACCGAUAUAUAUGCAUAUCAGCAACUGGAUUUUCUGUUGUUA